AUGGCCGGCCCAUGCACCAGCCACGCUUUCUCUGCCGCCAUUGGAUGGGAUGGGAGCCUCCUCAGGGAUGGGAAAGGGAGCGAGGGGAGCAAGGGAGGAAAGGGAGCUCUCACUGUCCUCACUGUGAGGGGGAACCACAUCCAAGUACUGACAGCAGCAGGGGCGGGAAGGGCUGUGUCGCGAGAAAGAGAAGCAGCGAGGGAAGAGCCAGGCGGGGAGGUGGAGAACGAGGAGGCAGAGGAGGAGGUGAAGGAGGAGGAGGAGGAGGAGGAGGAGGAGGAGGAGGAGGAGGAGGAGGAGGAGGAGGAGGAGGAGGAGGAGGAGGAGGAGGAGGAGGAGGAGGAGGAGGAGGGAGGAGGAGAGGCGAGGGUGGGGAGGUUGAGGAUGGCACGGAGAGCCCGCACCACCUGCGAUGCUGUGUUGGCCUGGGGAGGGAGGGAACCAGGGUCAAACCUCCCUCACCCCUGUCAAACCUCCCUCACCCCUGUCAAACCUCCCUCACCCCUGUCAAACCUCCCUCACCCCUGUCCAACCUCCCUCACCCCUGUCAAACCUCCCUCACCCCUGUCAAACCUCCCUCACCCCUGUCCAACCUCCCUCACCCCUGUCAAACCUCCCUCACCCCUGUCCAACCUCCCUCACCCCUGUCAAACCUCCCUCACCCCUGUCAAACCUCCCUCACCCCUGUCAAACCUCCCUCACCCCUGUCCAACCUCCCUCACCCCUGUCAAACCUCCCUCACCCCUGUCCAACCUCCCUCACCCCUGUCAAACCUCCCUCACCCCUGUCCAACCUCCCUCACCCCUGUCAAACCUCCCUCACCCCUGUCCAACCUCCCUCACCCCUGUCAAACCUCCCUCACCCCUGUCAAACCUCCCUCACCCCUGUCAAACCUCCCUCACCCCUGUCAAACCUCCCUCACCCCUGUCCAACCUCCCUCACCCCUGUCAAACCUCCCUCACCCCUGUCCAACCUCCCUCACCCCUGUCAAACCUCCCUCACCCCUGUCAAACCUCCCUCACCCCUGUCAAACCUCCCUCACCCCUGUCCAACCUCCCUCACCCCUGUCAAACCUCCCUCACCCCUGUCAAACCUCCCUCACCCCUGUCCAACCUCCCUCACCCCUGUCAAACCUCCCUCACCCCUGUCAAACCUCCCUCACCCCUGUCCAACCUCCCUCACCCCUGUCAAACCUCCCUCACCCCUGUCCAACCUCCCUCACCCCUGUCAAACCUCCCUCACCCCUGUCCAACCUCCCUCACCCCUGUCCAACCUCCCUCACCCCUGUCAAACCUCCCUCACCCCUGUCCAACCUCCCUCACCCCUGUCAAACCUCCCUCACCCCUGUCAAACCUCCCUCACCCCUGUCCAACCUCCCUCACCCCUGUCAAACCUCCCUCACCCCUGUCCAACCUCCCUCACCCCUGUCAAACCUCCCUCACCCCUGUCCAACCUCCCUCACCCCUGUCAAACCUCCCUCACCCCUGUCCAACCUCCCUCACCCCUGUCAAACCUCCCUCACCCCUGUCAAACCUCCCUCACCCCUGUCAAACCUCCCUCACCCCUGUCAAACCUCCCUCACCCCUGUCAAACCUCCCUCACCCCUGUCAAACCUCCCUCACCCCUGUCCAACCUCCCUCACCCCUGUCAAACCUCCCUCACCCCUGUCAAACCUCCCUCACCCCUGUCCAACCUCCCUCACCCCUGUCAAACCUCCCUCACCCCUGUCAAACCUCCCUCACCCCUGUCCAACCUCCCUCACCCCUGUCAAACCUCCCUCACCCCUGUCCAACCUCCCUCACCCCUGUCAAACCUCCCUCACCCCUGUCAAACCUCCCUCACCCCUGUCAAACCUCCCUCACCCCUGUAGAACCUCCCUCACCCCUGUCAAACCUCCCUCACCCCUGUCAAACCUCCCUCACCCCUGUCAAACCUCCCUCACCCCUGUCAAACCUCCCUCACCCCUGUCAAACCUCCCUCACCCCUGUCAAACCUCCCUCACCCCUGUCAAACCUCCCUCACCCCUGUCCAACCUCCCUCACCCCUGUCAAACCUCCCUCACCCCUGUCAAACCUCCCUCACCCCUGUCCAACCUCCCUCACCCCUGUCAAACCUCCCUCACCCCUGUCCAACCUCCCUCACCCCUGUCAAACCUCCCUCACCCCUGUCCAACCUCCCUCACCCCUGUCAAACCUCCCUCACCCCUGUCCAACCUCCCUCACCCCUGUCCAACCUCCCUCACCCCUGUCAAACCUCCCUCACCCCUGUCAAACCUCCCUCACCCCUGUCAAACCUCCCUCACCCCUGUCAAACCUCCCUCACCCCUGUCCAACCUCCCUCACCCCUGUCAAACCUCCCUCACCCCUGUCCAACCUCCCUCACCCCUGUCAAACCUCCCUCACCCCUGUCCAACCUCCCUCACCCCUGUCAAACCUCCCUCACCCCUGUCCAACCUCCCUCACCCCUGUCAAACCUCCCUCACCCCUGUCCAACCUCCCUCACCCCUGUCCAACCUCCCUCACCCCUGUCCAACCUCCCUCACCCCUCUGCUGA